AUGCCGCCGCCCGCGCGCCGCCGCGGCGGCGCCGCCACCGCCGCCCUGCUCCUUCUCGGCCUGCUGCUGCUGUCCGCCGGGCCGCGCCUGGCGGCGGCCAACCACGAGGAGGACGAGAGCCCCAGCCCUAGCCCCAGCCCCAGCCCAGAAGCCUCCGACGGUGGCGACGGCGACGACGCGCCCCCUCCCGCACCUCCAUCAACCCCAGACGACGGCGACUUGGUGGAUUCGGAUGUCGACCUGGGAGACACCAACUCCACCCUGACCACCGCCAGCGACGAGGACGGCGGCGACGGCGACGGCACCCCCCCCGCGUACAGCGACAAUGCGGAGGGCACGCCGCUGCUGACGCCCAGCACGGCGACCGUGGAGGGGCGGGAGGUGUAUUACGAGGUGCCGCAGGACGCCAAGGGCCUGCUCGUCUUCUUCCACGGCUGCUACCACAACGCGUACGACUUCUGGCCCGAGCAGGAGGCCUGCCCCGAGUGCCGAGGCCUGCCCGAGGAGGUAUCCCACACCAAGCAGGCGCUGGCCAUGGGCUAUGCCUUCGCCGCCAUCAACUCGUUGGACCGGCGGGAGAAGGGCAAAGACAUCAAGUGCUUCUCGUGA